UCCUCACCCAGCGCACCGCCCCUGCCAACCACGGCGGGAGGGCGGGGAGGUGGCUCCGCUCCGCGCCUGCUCCAGCGCUGCCGCUCGGCCGGGCCGCGGCGGGCUGAGGCGCUGCCGGCUCCGGGGCGCGUCUGGGGCGGGCUCCUGUCGCCAGGCGUUGGCGGCCCCAGGGCGCUGCUGCGCCGAGCGGUCUGCAGGGCUCCGCCAGGAUCCCAUCGACGCGGCAGGGCCUUCUGCGAGGAACAGCUCCGCUCACCGCCAGUCAUGGACGGGGACAGGGUGGAGAUAGACGGCGGGAUCAUGGAGGGGGGCGGGCAGAUCUUGCGGGUGUCCACGGCCCUGGGCUGCCUGCUGGGCCUGCCGCUGCGGGUGCGCCGGAUCCGCGCCGGGAGGAGCCAGCCUGGCCUCAGGCCUCAACAUCUGUCUGGAUUGGAGAUGGUUCGAAGUCUAUGUGAGGGGAAGCUGGAAGGUGGAGAAAUUGGCUCAACAGAAAUAACCUUCACUCCUGGAAAGAUCAAAGGUGGAACCCACGUAGCAGAUACAAAAACAGCAGGGAGUGUGUGUCUACUGAUGCAGGUAGCAAUGCCCUGUGUGCUGUUCGCUGCUUCUCCAUCAGAACUUCAUUUAAAAGGUGGGACUAAUGCUGAGAUGGCUCCUCAGAUAGACUACACAGUCAUGGUUUUCAAGCCAAUAGUUGAAAAGUUCAAUUUUACAUUUAAUUGUGACAUAAAAAAGAGGGGCUACUAUCCUCAAGGAGGUGGUGAAGUUGUAGUCCAGAUGUCACCAGUCAAAGAGCUGAGCCCAAUAAACUUAACAGAUCGUGGCACAGUGACAAAGAUAUAUGGAAGAGCAUUUGUUGCUGGAGCACUGCCUAUAAAACUGGCAAAAGAAAUGUCAGCAGGAGCAGUGAGAUGCAUCAGGAAGGAAAUCAGAGAUCUUUACGUUAACAUUCAGCCUGUUCGAGAACCUGAUGAUCAAGCCUUUGGGACUGGAAGUGGAAUAAUUGUUGUUGCAGAGACUUCAACAGGUUGUUUGUUAGCUGGGUCAUCACUUGGCAAGAGAGGAAAGAAUGCAGACAAGGUUGGCAUUGAAGCAGCUGAGAUGCUGCUCAGAAACCUUAAACAUGGUGGAACUGUCGAUGAUUCUCUGCAAGACCAAUUGAUCAUUUUCAUGGCACUUGCAAAGGGAGUGUCUAGAGUGAAGAGUGGACCAAUUACACUUCAUACUCAAACAGCUAUACACUUUGCAGAACAGCUAACAAAGGCCAAAUUUACGGUGACAAAAUUGGAAGAGGAAGAUCCCAGUAAAGAUACCUACAUCAUUGAGUGCCAAGGAAUAGGGAUGAUAAACCCAAACUUAUAGGGUUUAAAAAAAACCCCAACAAGCAGCAAGCUGACAAAAGCAAAACUCAACAUACCUCAGUGAUGUAUUGCACUACAUUUCAAUAGAUGUAUAAUACGCAUGUGAACAGGAGGAGCCUUCUCUCACAUCUGAGUGAUUGAACUUGAAGGAUGAUGCUGCAGUUUUCCUUGGUGUGCUGAGAAUGUGAAACAUAGAAAUUUUUUUUUUUUUCUUUUUACUAUUAGCAACAAAAUGAGUACAGACAGCACAGCAAAUAGUAUACAUUUAUGUAUCUUCAUUGGAAGCUUUGACAAUUCAGAUUCAUCAAAGUAGAAAAUAACUACUGUUUUGAAAAUUUUAACAGAAAAAAAUGUAAGUUUUAUUUUCUUGGUAACCUUUACGUUCUGAGGUGUAUGAAAUGAUGUGGACCAUCAAAUCUGUAUUGCUGUGCUUCUUUAGCCAUUUUUGCUUAAAUUGUGUGUGAGGAAAUAAUAAAGCAGUAUCACCAUAUGAAA